CCCACGUCCGUCCAAUGCACACACAUCGACCGACAUCACUUAGUUGGGGUUGUUGUGGGCGUAGUACCGCUCGAACGAUCGCCUGCCAUGUGAUGAUGGGCACACAUAGCAGACCACAGCACAACCAACAGCCGUGAAUUGGUCCCUCUCUCUGUCACACGGCACGCACACUGACGGACUCACUUGAGGAAGUCGCCGAAGGUCUGGCCGUCGACCCACCUCUCCGCCAGAGGGGGCACCUGCACAAUACACACACACACACACACACACAAACGGCUGAGCGGUCGUCAUGCAGUCUGCCUGCCUCUCGGUGGCUCGCCUUUUCUGAGGGCUUCUCUGGUCCGAUGACGUCAGCUGGUGAUGUGCCGGAGGGGGGCGACAUGCAGUCGUCCCAAUUGGGCUCCAUGAAGAGGGCCAAGCUCUCCCUGAGAGAGAGCCUCAUAGAGAGGGAUGGAGUGGAGGCAUCAUGAUGUGUGUGUGUAGGUACCUGCACGUGUUUGGUGUGGGCGGUGCGCUGACGCAGUGCGGCGUCGCAGCCAAACAUCCGCCCUAAAUGGCAUGGUGACAGAGAGAAGGAUGGACCGCUAUGCUAUGCUAGGUGUGGCGGCCUCAGUCUAGUCGCUUGCCUUACCGUGUGUAUCUGUGAGGCCUCUCCGAUCUGGAAGCCAAUGCACUCCUCGCCCAUCGACACCUGACGGGACGGACCCAACGACACACAGAAUGCACGUGUGGCUCCCUCCGGCCCCCACCCACAUGGGCUCACACACCUGCUGUAUGCAGCCAUCGCGCCUUUCGACGAGCAGCCCGGCUUUUGUAUUGCCGCAUGGGUCGGAUUUGGGUGCGGCGGCAGCUGGGGAGGGCACCACCUCGCCUGUGACGUCAUCGAUGAAGAUGGCCGGACACAGGGCCGUGAUCGUGCUGAUGGACAGUACACACAGACACACACACAUGCAUAGCAAUGGGUGCGUGGCUAUGACUUGCCUGUUGUCGUUGUGCCAGCCGCACCAGGACGCCUCCAGCCCAUUGGCAUCGCUCUGGCCACAUGAGGCCUGCUGCUGCUGCAGGGGGAAGUAGUGCAGCAGGCGACCCACCAUCAGGUGAGACCGACGCAGCCUGACCCACACACACACGCACACUCAGCCCCCCCUCUCUCUCUCUCUUUGUUGCCACUCACGUGGCUUCAAGUCGAUCAGGUGGGUAUGACGGAGUGCACUUUGCCACAUAGCGGUCGCACUGCUUGAUGACGAGCAUGCCGACUCGAUGCAUCAGCUGCCCCAGCGCCCUGGCCUUCUCCCGCAGCUCAUGCAAGGGAUGACCCUCCACACACUCAGGCUGCAGCCAUCCCAUCCACCACACCCACACACAGACGCUAUCGUCUCCUCUCUCUCUCUCUCUCUCUCUCUCUCUCACCCAUGUGUUUGGUUCUGCGACGAUAGGGUAUCUCUCCUUGGUGCUUCGCAGCUCCUCUGCGGACCUGCCGGUGUCAGCGCUCCAUGCGUCGAGGGGCGACUCGUGGAUGGGGUUGAAGUAGAACGACGCCUUGGCUGCAUGCGUGAGUCACAUACACACACACACACACGGGGGGCGAGGGAGAGGGAGAGAGAGAGACCGUGGGUGGGUGUGAGCUGCACUCACACACGUCCGUCCUGACCUGUGUCUGGUCUGCCCUUGAAUUUCUCCCUCCCACAUGAGUACCUACAUGAUAUCGCCAACACAGCCGAUGUGUUGUGUUGCCACACCCUCCCUCCCAGACACGCCAGCCCUUCUCACACCGCUCACCCGACGCAGUAGUGUGUAGAGGGUCUCUCCAGUUUCUGCAGCUCCUCUGGCGGAAGCCUAGACAGAAGGCGGGCCUGCACACUCGGACACACACAGACACACACACACAGAAUACACACAGAAUACACAAAGGGAUAGCCCCACACGCACCAGUUUGAGCGUCUUGUGGCGCAGAUUCCUCAUCUCUUGGACACCAGUCACCACGAGAAGGCCUGCCAACACCGACACAGGCAGCAUGGCCAUGCAUGGCAUCACACAACAAAUGAUCGAACUCAUCUCGUCAGUGCACUCUCUCUCCAGCGCAUGGUUCCCCUUCUGUGCUCUCCUGUGCAGACGGCGCAUGCAAGUCCUCACCGAUGCCAUCUCUGCCGAAGGCCCGGCCUACGGCAUCCGACAGAUCUUUGCCAGCAAUCAGAUCCUCAUAGGAAAGGGAUUCGAUGACCGCCAUGGCGAAUACGAGAGGCGAGUCGCCUGCG